AUGAGCAGCGCCAGCGCUUCUACUCCCAAGAUGGAGUAUACGCGACUUGGGAACUCCGGCCUGAAGAUAUCAAAGGUAAUCUUUGGAACCAUGAGCAUUGGCUCUUCGGAUUGGCAAGAGUGGGUUAUUGACGAAGCUGCCGCAUUGCCCCUCCUCAAGCACGCAUACGAUGUAGGACUAAAUACAUGGGAUACCGCAGAUACCUACUCGAAUGGAUUGUCGGAAGUAAUCAUUGGCAAAGCCCUGAAGAAAUACAACAUACCCCGAAACAAAGUCGUCAUCCUAAGCAAAUGCUACUUCGGAGUCGGCGACGUUGGUUCCCAGCCACCUAUAUCAGCGGUUUCUUCAAACGAUGGCGAUAUGGUUAAUCAGGUUGGAUUGAGCAGGAAGCAUAUUCUAGAUGCCGUUGAUCGAAGUGUCGAGAGAUUGGGAACCCAUAUCGAUGUUCUGCAGAUUCACAGAUUGGAUAGGGAUACACCGAGAGAGGAGAUCAUGAGGGCAUUGAACGAUGUGGUGGAGAGUGGAAAAGUUAGCUAUAUUGGUGCUUCCAGUAUGGCUGCUUGGGAGUUCCAGACUCUUCAGAAUAUUGCAGAGAAGCACGGCUGGCACAAGUUUAUAUCGAUGCAGAACUACUACAAUCUGUUGUAUAGAGAAGAAGAACGCGAAAUGAUCCCCUACUGCCGAGACGCGGGCGUUGGUUUAAUCCCAUGGUCUCCCAUCGCCCGCGGGGCUCUGGCCCGCCCCUUCGACGACCGCUCCACCACGCGCGAGAAGUCGGACAAAAUGCUCGACAUUCUGAUCCGAAGCAAAGAGUCCGAAAUCGACAAGCGUGUAAUCGGCCGAGUCGAGGAAAUUGCCAAGAAAAGAGGGGUUUCUAUGACUACCAUUGCAACUGCUUGGUGUCUCAGCAAGGACAACGUCAAUCCGAUUAUUGGUCUGAGUAGUAUAGCGAGAAUUGAUCAGGCUGUUGAGAGUGUGCAGUUUGCUAAGUCGGGGAAGUUGACGAAGGAGGAUAUUAAGUAUCUUGAGGAGGGGUAUGCACCUAAGGAGAGACAGGGGUAUUGA